GCGGCGCCUCCCGCCGGUGCCGCGACCCGCCCCGUUCGCCCCGAUGGAGCCGCUGUCGCCUGCCGUGGCCCUGCUGCUCGUGCUCCGCGUCGUGGGGGGGUUCCCCAGCGGCGCUCCCGCCAGCGCCUGUGACAGCAUGAAGCCUGGCCACGGGGUGCCGCCCCAGUCCUCACCGGCGCCCUACAGGCUCAUCACCAGCACCGGGACCUUCCAGCCGGGCCGGCCCAUCACAGUGACUAUCGCCGGGCCGCCGUACAGAGGCGUUCUCCUCGAGGCCCGGUCCGGCAGCAGCACCGACGCCGUGGGCACUUGGCAGCUGCCUCCUCCAGACACCAGAUUUCUAGCGUGUGCAGGCAACCCCCGCGGAGCCGUCACUCACUCCAACACCAACCCCAAGGGGAACGGCACGGCCUUCACCUGGACGCCCCCGGACUCCCCCGCUCCCGUCUACUUCACAGCCACCGUAGCCCAGCAGUUCUCAGUCUACUGGCUUAACGUGAGGUCCUCCACUCUGAGCAGAGGGGCUCCUAAAGGUCUCAACUUGGCUUCAAGAGCUGGAAGAGCGGGAGGGAAACCUCUGCUUCUCCUGCUGACGUGCUUCCUGCUGUUACAGAUGCAGUCGUGACGCCGCUCCCGCCUCCACUGUUACAUGAGACGACUCGCUGGCUCGUUAUCUGCCUUUACUUAAUGAACAGUUAUUACGCUCGCUCCGUCCUCUGAUCUUUACCCACCAGACUCCCAUCUAAGUUAAUUGUGUGUAUCUUUGUCCAUCAAGUUAAUCCUUCGUUUCUCAUAAUAAUUAUUAAAGAAAGUCCCACAUAAAAUUAAAACUUGCUUUAAUUUCAGAGAAAGAUGAAGAGACAGGGUGAAGCAAUAAAGAAAGAGAUGGUGAGAUAGAACCUGGCGGUUUGUUAGUAGCUGGAACUCAUUCCAGCCAUUAAAGAUCCUCUUCGAGCUGUGCCCUACAUUCCUGGUACUUUGGAAAACUGAAGGCCAGUUUCCAUCUAACACAUGUCUUGUAUUAGUUAAGCAUAGUGUGAUAUAACGUAUUACGCGGGACCUUGAGAGCAUCUGUUUAACCGUGACCAACAAGCUCAGACCUCGUUACCAAAGGCUCUGUGUUAGAAGCCGACGAGUUCCUCUUGUAUUGAUUUCCAACUGACUCAUGUGUCUGUGAACGCAGCGCUGGUCACGGGGCCCGCAUCGCAUCACUCAAUAGUAAUUAGUGUCUUUCCACUGUCGGCCCCAGUGGCAUAGCGGUUUAAAGGGAGGAUCCGAGCCCGGGACUUAAGCACCGGGGCGGUCGGCUGGUUCAAUAGCGAUUCACUCGCUGACAUGUGAGCUCAUGACCUCCAUUGUUCAGGGGCCGCGAUCUUCACAUCACUGAUGCGUUUUCCUCCAGCGAAAGGUCGCCCACGCGGACGGCGUGGAAGCGAAACAAAGCAGAAAGUGCACGAUUAGAAUGAGAUGUGAGUGUUCAUCACACUUGACUAUGGGUUUCCUCCUGACUGAUGAUUGAGCCGAGCAGCAGGACGGGAGCCGUUCCUCUCUCUCUGUGCACGUGUGCCGUUACCACCACGAGGAGGCUUUUAGUCGCAGUCAGGUCAGAUGCGGCCUCGUGGGUUUAUCUGAAAGGUCACGUACCCCAUUAAAUGUAAACAUGUCAUUUAUGAGUGCUAGUUUAACUGAAGGUUAAGCCUUUGACUCAUCACAACGCGUUUUAGUUUAGUUUCACUUUAGCUUCUCGGCACAUUCUGCCUCAUUGUUAUUCUUAGUCAUAAACAAAGGAGACCUUGCUCUUAACGCCGCCGCCUCCCUGCUGUGACACGUUAACGCAAACACCACAGCUAUGAUUGGGUCAGCGGAGCCGACAGAACACAGAGACGUUCUCCUUGCAACGAGAUCACACGCUGAUCCGUGCGCAUGCAUGCGCUGUGUGCACAUUAAGGCUAGGCUCGGCUGCGGGGGCUUAGUGCACAUCCCCGCGUUCCUCCAUUCUCCUCCUCCUCCCUCGUCUCCCUUUAUCUCCCUUUCAGCACCACGUUGGGCACCAUAAAAAGCAGUGGCCAGCAGAUGUGACGUAGAUCUGACCCAUGCCCUGCAGGCACUCAGAAGCAUGCCAUUAAAAACAGGGAUUUAUUUUUGCUCUCUGGAAUAAGUUCUGAUUUAAAUUUGCUUCAUGGCACUUAACAAUCUGUCUUUUGCACUGCUCUGUAAAGCUCCCUUCAUAAUAAAAAGAGAUCU